CAUCCCUUCCUGGUUGUCAUGGUGAGGCAGGAUGCACUGAGACUCUGGUGUCGCAAAGACUGGAAGCUAGAGGCAGGCGCCAUGGAGUACACUGGGAGCCAGUAUGUUGGGGAAUUUGUAGAUGGCAGGAUGGAGGGCGAUGCCGAAUACAUCCUUCCAACUGAAACAAAAUACAUUGGGGAAAUGAAGGAUGGCAUGUUUCAUGGCCAGGGAACCUUGUACUUCCCCAAUGGGAGCCGAUUUGAUGCAGUUUGGGAGAAAGGGUUGGUUGUAAAGGGCACGUACACCUUCUCAGAUGGCCUGCAGUAUGACCCUGAGAACUGGCAUUACUGUGACAGCUACGAUCGGAGGUUUUACACUGAGAUCUGCCACGGCUUGAAGCCUGCAGGUAUCUCUCAACUCACCAAUAUGGACCCACCUAGAAAGAUCCCUCCAGGCUGUUACGACUGCGGAGAUGGCUUCUAUAACCCGAACACAAGGAUAGUCAAGGACUAUAAUUAUCGCUUUCUGAGAAAUGCAGAUGACGACGAGCAUGAGUGGAUCGUCCGGACGUGUCGGAAGGGCUGGGAUGAGACCAUGGGUCCCGAGCCCAAGUCGUAAGCGCUGUUGCCUCUUCCAUCACAGGCUUCCUUCUGCCCACCCGGCCCUGGCUAGCUCAGGGUGGGGCAGGCUAUAGUUCUAGGACCUGACUUUUGACUCUAGGAAUAAAGGUUUUCUGCAGUCAGUGGC